AUGACUACCCAACGCGAAUAUCCCAUGGAUCACGACGCUCCGGAGCAGAUUGCGCCCCACAGCCUCAAUGACUACCUGGAAGUUAUGACCAAGGCAGUUUUCCAGAGCGGCCUCUCCUGGAAGGUGGUCAGCAACAAAUGGCCCGGUUUCCAGGCCGGAUUUAAAGGUUUCGACGUGGCCUCAGUGGCAACAAUGGGCGAGUCUGAGAUAGACACGCUGGCCACAGACACGGCCAUCGUCCGGAACCGCCGCAAGAUUGUCGCCACGGUUCACAACGCCCAACGCCUCAUCGAGCUCGACGAGAAAUACGACGGCAUCCGGAACUAUCUGCGCUCGCACGGCGAUUUCUACGCGGUGCUGAAAGACGUGCGCAAACAAUUCAAAUACUUGGGCGACACCGGCACCUACUACUGGCUGUACGUACUGGGCGAGGAAGUGCCCGACUACGGCGAAUUCUGCAACCGCAACAAGUAG